AUGUACAUUUGCCUUCAACCUUGCAAAGAAGGCUUCAUGGGUGGUUGUAGGCCUAUCCUAGGAGUUGAUGGCUGCCAUUUGAGAGGACCAUAUCCAGGAAUCUUGCUAACUGCUGUAUGGAAAGAUGGCAACAACAACAUCUUUCCAGUAGCAUGGGCUGUGGUAGAAACUGAAGAUAGAGACACAUGGACUUGGUUCCUUGAGCUACUUGUGAAGGAUAUUGAAUCUGUGAAGGAUGCUGUGACAUGGGUGCAUGAAAGAGGGGAAGAAAUUAGUGAUGAUAAUGCUGAUGUUACUUACAUGUCAGAUAGGCAGAAGGGGUUGCUUGAAGCUUUCAGGACUGUUGUUCCAAAUGCAGACACAAGGUACUGCUGCAGACAUAUAUGGGCAAACUUUAAGUUGAAGUUCCCAGUGGAGGCAUACAGAGAGAGCUUUUGGAAAGCUGCUAGGGCUUCUACCAAGCACCAUUUUGAUAAACACAUGGCUGAUAUUAAGGAUUUAAAUCCAGAGGCAUUUGUGUAUUUGAAUAGUAUCCCUGUCAUCCAUUGGUCUAGGCAUGGGUUUAGUUCUAGGGCAAAAUCUGGAAUGUUGUUGAACAAUUGUUGUGAGAGUUUCAACCAUGUUCUGAAGGAAGCUAGGGAGAAACCCAUACUGUCUUUGAUGGAGUGGAUUAGGAGGUAUAUGAUGAAGCGGUGUUGUGCAAAGAGAGAGGGGUUGAAACAGUUUGUGGGUUUGAUAAUGCCAUCUGUGUUAAAGAUGAUUGAGAGGGGACAAAAAGAGGUGAGCAAAAUGAGGUUGAUUCAAUCUGAUUUGUAUGAGUUUGAGGUGGAUCAUGAUGGGGACACCUUUGUUGUGAAUCUUCAAACAAAGACGUGUGGAUGUUAUAGGUGGACACUCAUGGGAAUCCCUUGUUGGCAUGCAUUGGCAUGUAUAGCAAAAAGAAGGUUGAACUACGAAGAUUUUGUGCACCCGGCAUACCAUGUUAAGACGUAUGCUGCCACAUAUGCACCACACUUCUCUCCUAUGCCAGGUGAGAAACAGUGGGACAAGUCACCACAGCCACAGCCACUCCCUCCACCAUAUAGGGUGAUGCCUGGAAGGCCUUCAAAGAGAAAGAGGAAGAAAGAGGCUGGUGAGGCAAAGGAGAACAAGGUGAAAAGGGCUAGGAAGCAAAACACUUGUGGGAAUUGUGGGCAAUUGGGCCACAACAGGAAGAAGUGUGGGAGACCAGCUGCACAAAGUGUUCCAAAGCAGCCUAAGGGAAGACCAAGAACAAAGACUGCACAGCACACCAAUCCUGCACAGUCUGCACAGCAAGCAACAACCAACCAGUCUGCACAGCAAGCAACAACCAACCUCAACCAAGCUGCACCUAUCCAAAACAGAAGGCAAUCACCUGUCCCAAGGAAAGCUGCAUCCACAUCAGCACAGCCAACUGGUGGGAGAAAAACAGUGGCAUCAAAGGGCAAACAACCAGCCCCUGCAAAGCAUCCAAGUAAGAAGAGGAAGACAACUUCAGUAAACGCUCUACAAAGCUCACAAUCAUCACAAAAGGUUGUGUUUCCUUGGCAAAAAACUAGCAUUUGA